GAAAGUACUCCUUAAAUAUAAAUAAGUUAAAAGAAUAUAAACAAUUUCUUAGAAAAAUUAAAUUAGUAGGCUCUUAAAGAAUAACCUAUUAAUUUAAAAGAUUUGAUAUAAAGCUUGAUUGAGGUAUUCCAAAAGAAUAAUCUUAGAAAUAGUGUUUAAGAUCAACAAAUUGAGGUUUUUUAAGUAUUAUUUAAUUAGAGUCAAAAUUAAACUGCAAAAGAAAGUGAUUAGCAAAAUAUAAAUAAUACAUAUAUGUCUGUUUAAUUCAAAAUAAAUAUAUAUUUUAGAUCUGAGAUAAAUUAAUAUGAGUGUAUGUUAAAUUUUAUAAAUACAAGAGAUCACGAUAUAUCUAUUAAAAAAGAAAUAUCUGAGAAUAUAUCAUACAGAAUAUUUUAAACUUUGUCUCAUGAAUUUGGAACUUAUAUGAAUAUCAUUAGUAAUAUUACUGAAAAUGCUUUAGAAGAUGAUAGAAUUUCUAUUGACCUUAAAAAAGAUUAUUUCAGAAUUAUUAACACUAAUUCAAUUCUUUUAGAAAAUGUAGUUAAAGAUAUGAGAGACUUUUUUUCAAUAAUGAAUUAAAAACUAGAGGUUUAAAUUAAAAACAUCAACCUUAAAGAAAGUGUAUUCUAAACUUUGGAGUUAUUCAAAAAAUAGUUAUAGCUAAAGAAGUUAAAGACCUAAAUAAAAAUUUAAAAAGGAAUAGAAUCUGAAAUAAUGUCAGAUGAGUCUUUUAUAAAAUAAAUACUAUCAAAUUUUAUAUCAAACAGUCUUAAAUUUACUUUACAAGGAUACAUUAACAUUUAUCUUUUUAAGGAAUCUGAGAAGUACAUCAGACUUGAAGUUGAAGACAGUGGUAUAGGUAUGUCAAGCGAAGAAUGUGAGAGAUUAAAAGGUAUGCUUAAAAAUGGAUUUUCUGAUUAAAAAAUUUCAAAGAACUCUGUAGGACUUGGAUUUGGGUUAUUAGUCUCAAACAAUUUGGCUAGAUUAAUUGGAAAUUCCAUAAAAAAGUAGGCUAUUUAUUUUGAUUCUAGUCCUUAAGGAGGAUCUAGGUUUUGGAUUUUAAUAAGAACAACUACAAAUCCAAAUUAAAAACAAAAAAGUUAGAAAGCAGUUUUUUAAAAAAUAAGUAUUUUUUCUGAAAAAUAAAUGCUCGAACCAAAUCAUAAAAGAAAAUCAAAUAUUGCAUCAAUAGAAAACAAAUUGCCUUUGCAAAAAGAAAAUUAACUCUUUUAAUAAGAUUAAAAUAUUGAAGAAAGCUUAUCAAAUGAUUUUCUUGAUGAUUCUUUUAAAUAAGAGUUGCCAAGGAAUAUUUUAAAUUAAAAUUCAAUUGGAGAGAAUAAUUUGUAAAAAAAGAAUAAGCCUAAUUUAACUGUUUAAACUAAUCACUCAUUAAAAGAUGUUAAAUAAAUUGGGUUUACACAAAAAACAAAUAUCUUUCACCCUUAAUAGAAUUUAUAGGAUCAAUCUGAGAUGGAUUCAGUUAAUCAGAAUUCUAAAAUUAUUAUGAACCAGGAUACAUUUUUACAGAAAGAAACAAAACAUUUAGAAAUUAUUUAGAAUCUUUCCAGUAAAUCAAACUCACCAUUAAAAUCCUCUUUCAGUAUAAAAUAACAAAGAAGAAAAGGAUCUGCUAUGCCAAUUUUAAGUUUAGAAAGCUCUUAAAUGGUAAAUUCAAAAAUUAUAUAAUUAAGGAGUAGGGUAAGACAUACAAUUGUCAACAAAUUAACUAAAACUACUGAAUAAAUUGAAGCUCCCCUUAGCAUGGCUAAUGAGGCUAUUAAUAAUACAUUCAAUAAAAUAUUUUCUUAAUAAUUUAAAAAUCUUAAUUUAACAUAAGAAGGAUCAAAUGCUUAAUCUAACAAUCAAAGAAGUCCAUAUAUUCCUUAAACUCCUUAAUCAGUAUUACAGUGGCAUUAGUAACUUUAAUUUUUAAAUUCAAGUUUGAGUUAAGGAAAUCAUUUAAACAUGACUAAUAAUUAAUCUCCUUAAAAAGUAAAAGAUAAUUUAUUAGCUAAAAGCUAAAGUUAAAACACUACUUUACUAGGAAAUCUAAAUUUCCAUACUUAAAAUAUCAUAAAAACAAGUAAUGAAUUUGAUCAAAAAUAAUUCCAAAUAAAUAGUUUAAACGAAUAAGAUUUAAAGAUUAGCCAAGAAAAAGUAUUCAAUUAUAAUCCUUUGACAAAAACUAUUUAAAAUAUCAAUACUAGAAAUAUUAUAAACUCUAAGAUUGAAGAAGAAUAAAUUGAAGAUGACACUAAAUAAUAGAAUUCUUUGCAGUAUUCCUCGGAAAAUUAUUCUUCUUCAUUAAAUGACAAUAAUAGUAGCAGUGCUGCAUCAAAGAGCUCACAUAACAUUUAUUAGAAAAUAAAAACUAAAAAAAUCAAUGGGUUCAAAUAACUGUUUGAAGAAAAACUGAAAAAAAAUUAGUCUAUUUUAAGCCAAUAAAAAUAAAAGGGAGAAAAUAAAAAAUUUGAUAAUUAAGAAUAAUAAGAACAUUAAAAAUAGUCGCAGGCUUUGUCUUAAGCUGAUAAAAAUAAUUUGAGUAUUAGCUAAUUAGAAGAUUCAAUACAAUCUUUAAGUAAUAGCAGUACAUCAUUUUAAUAAAUGAAUUAGAGAGACUAGCUAGAAUAUUAAGAAUAUUAGUUUAAUGAAAAUUUAAGUUUGGAUGAUCUAGAUGCUAUUAAUAAUUUAGAUUAUAGACAAAAUAAUUAAAAACAAGAUUUUUAUGGACAACAUGUUGAUAACAAGAAUAUUUCAUAUUUAAACCAUAAAAAAAAUAGUUUAAGUCAAAAUACAGCUGCUAUAAAUACCAAUAAUAAUUCGUAUAGAUUAGAAAAUUUUCUUGAAGAUUUCCAAUUUACUUAAACUAAAACCCUUAAUGAUAUAAACUCCCCAUAAAUUAAAAAGAAAAAGCAUAGCAUCUAAGAAACUGAUCAUGUAUAUCAAGUAUUUGAAGAAGAUCUUGAAAUAGAUGAGCUUGAAAGUAACAACAAUAAUUGUAUCCCUAUAUAAAAAAGUAUUUAAAAAAUGAUCGAUUUAAAUUAAGCCUCUAAAAAAACUCCAAGUUUUCUAUAAAAAUGUGAUUAAGAAAAAUCAAAUAUUAUCUUAGUUACUAAGCAAAACAUAUCUAAUUCUCAUACUAUGGCCAAAUACCCUUAGAAAAUCAAUAAAAGUAGCUCACAAGAACAUAAUGCAGUUAGUUUUGGCAUAGAAGAUAAAUUUUAGUUUAAUAUUGAUUCAUAGCAAUUUUUGAAUAAUUCUUUGGAGAGUAAAUAGAAUUUAAAAAAUUCAUAAAUUUAAAAGUAAGUUUAAAAAUAAAAAAAUUUAAAACAGCAAUUAAGAUUUUAAUAUCCAAAAGAAAAUUUAAUUAAUCAACAAAAUGCACAACAUUAGAUAGAUCAAAAUUAGUAUUAGAGUAUAUACUCCAGUUAAAUCAAUUAAGAAAAUAUAUUUAAGAAAUAGUUUACAUCAAAUAAUAUACCUACAUGUACUAUGAGCAAUUUAAAUGUUGACGAGCAUGAAAUAAACUCACCUGUAAAGAUAAAAGCAUACUAAAGAAAAAGUCAAGAUACUACAUAACCUGUAUAGCAGUAAAAAAAAAUUCUUUUGGUCGAUGAUGAAAUUUUUAACAUUUUUUCUCUGAAGCUUAUUUUUUAAAAGUUUGGGUUAUCUGAUAAUAUACUAGAAGCUUAUAACGGUCAGUAAGCAAUACAAGUUCUAUUAAAUUAGUAAAAUAAAAAAUAAAUACCAAUAAAUUAGGAAGGUUAUUAAAUUGGAAUGAUAAUUAUGGAUGUGAAUAUGCCUAUUAUGAAUGGAAUUGAAUGUACAAAAUAUAUUAGGGAAUUAGAAAAUAAUAAUUUAAUCGAUUAUUCACCAAAUAUUAUAGGAUACACCGCCUAUUCAGACUCCUAAACUCGUAACAUGUGCUUUGAUGCAGGUAUGGAUGAUUUACUCUUAAAACCAUCGAGAAGAGAUGAUUUUAUAGCAAUAAUAGAAAAAUAUUUUUUGAGCAGUUGA